AUGAGGCGGUCGGCGUUGCGGCGGCCCGAGAGCUUGACGGACAAGUACCGCAUCUUGGGCAAGAUUGGUGAGGGCACGUAUGGCAUGGUGUUCAAGGCCGAGUCUCACUCUGCAGCUCUGUUGCCACGUCCUACCUCGGGCGGCUCGAACGCCGUCGAGGAUGAAGAGCCCAUGACGUUCGCCAUCAAGCUGGUUAAAUCCCACAAAGAAGGAAAGAACGACGUGGUGCUAUCCAGCGCCACUGUUCGCGAGAUCAAAUUGCUGCGAGAAAUGCAUCACGACAAUGUGAUGCACUUACACGACGUGCACGUGGACCCUCGGGACAAGUCGCUGGCGCUCGUAUUCGAAUAUGGAGACCACGACCUGCACGACAUCAUCGUACAGAGCAAACAAAAGCCGUUGGGCGAGUACACGCGUAAGUCGCUCAUGUACCAGAUCCUCAAAGGUGUGGACUACAUGCACGACGUGUGGGUCAUGCACCGAGAUAUGAAACCACAGAACAUUUUGGUGGUGGGUCAUGGACGCAAGAGGGGACAAGUCAAGCUAGGAGAUUUUGGUCUAGCGCGUAUCUUCAAGGAGCCGAUCAAGGCCUUAUCAGAUGUGGAGCGUGUGGUGGUGACGCUCUGGUAUCGAGCACCGGAGCUCCUACUGGGGGCGAAGCAUUAUACAAAAGCCGUGGACUUAUGGGCCGUGGGCUGCAUUUUCGUCGAGCUCAUCAACACACGCGAGCUCUUUUGCGGUAAGGAAGUGGAGGGGUCCAAUGCUCCGUUCCAGAAAGAUCAGCUCGAUAAGAUCUUUAAAGUGUUGGGCAUGCCGACGCCACAGACGUGGGAGGGACUGGAGAAUCUGCCAGAGUACAAUCACGUCGUGCAGAUGGGUCGUGAACGCAAAUACCCGACGCAAUCUGAGCUCAAAAACGCAGUCAAAGUUGGUCCAGGCCGCGCAGGAGCUGCAUUGCUCGAUUUGCUUUCGAGACUGCUGGAAUAUGACCCUAUCACGGCAAAAGAAGCGCUCGAGCACGAAUACUUCAAGGAGAUUGUACGUAGUCUUGUGUGUUUGUUCCGCGGUCUUGUUUAA